GGAGAAAUGCUACAAUAUUUUCGCCGACGGGACUCACUUAUGAUGGUCGACUCAUGUAUUAUGUUUGGCGACAGAAUUAUUGUUCCAAAAGUAUUACGCUACAAGGUUCUGAGACAAUUCCACAGCGGUCAUCCUGGUAUCAAUAAGAUGAAAGCAUUGGCUCGAAGCUACGCAUACUGGCCUACGAUGGAUCAAGAUAUCGAAAACAGAUGCCGCAAUUGUUCAUCGUGCCUACAAGCAGCCAAAAGUCCAAGCAAGUGUGAACCGCAACAAUGGGAAAAGCCGAAUAGUCCCUGGGAGAGGCUGCAUGCAGACUUCGCCGGUCCAAUACGAGGAAGAAUGUAUCUAGUCAUAGUAGACGCGCUCACAAAAUGGCCACAAAUCUACGCCAUGGUGAAUUGCACAGCCAGUGAAACAAUCAGCAAAUUAUCCGACCUGUUUAGCUGCUUUGGAGUUCCGCAGACGUUAGUGACCGAUAACGGCUCACAAUUCACUGCAGAAUCAUUCAAGCACUUCUGCAACGUUAAUGGCAUUGUGCACAUACGAUCUCCACCGUAUCACCCUCAAUCGAAUGGCCAGGCAGAGCGCUUCGUGGAUACAUUGAAGAGAGCACUUCUGAAAGGGGGAGGAGAAGGGACAACCGGGCAGGUGAUCGCAAAAUUUUUAACAUCCUACAGAUCCACCCGAACCCAAAUGUUCCAGACGGCAAAUCUCCCGCGGAAGCCAUGUUUGGAAGGCGCAUUCGAACCGUCUUCGAUGCCAUGUUGCCAUCCAAACUAGUGGAUGAGCGUAGUCACGAUCCAAGUAUCCGAAACUUCAGUGUUGGCGACAAAGUUUACAUUAAAUCCUACAUCGGGAAAACCGAUGGGAGCCGGGCGAAGUUGUGCAAAAACUGGGAAGAGUACUGUACAGAGUUCGAGGAGCUUUUGGGACAUGUAUACUUCACACAAAUCAAAUCCUUAAGACAAAAAACGGUGCAGACUCGAAAUAACCGGCCGAUUUUCCCGUUAGAUUUAAUCUUAGACGCACCAAUGCCACAAACGCCCAGGAACAUUGAAAAGAAGCCUUGGACAAGGGAAACGACAAGAAUAAUGGGACGCCGUCGCUGCCCAGUCGUCAAACUACAAGUAGAUCCCAGAAAGAAAUCUUAUUCUGGGGAGGUGUUGGGUCGGCUUCCGGAGAACUUCAAUGGAGCCUCCAGAGGCCCAAAAAGGAGCCAAAGGGUCCCAGCCAAUCAGAGUAUGAUGGAACGUUCGAGAAUUCCAGCGUGGCGUGCUACCAUUGGUCGGUAGCAUAAUAUGACGUUAACGGAUUGGCUGAAAUAAGAUGUUGAUUUAACAGAUGCCAACAUCUAUAAAUACCCUUGAUUUUCUGUACCAGAAUGAACCUGGGAAUAAAGCGUUUUCUCUCCUACU